AUGUGUGCAGAAAUUCAGCAUCUCAAGCUGGCAGUGUCAAACUCAGCCGCAACUACGUCAUCGCUGACUAAGGAAUUCCUCAUUAAUGUAAUGGAACAGUUUAAGAAGGACAUGUUUGAUGAGAUGAGGAAUUUCAAUAAAGAAAUCUCGGAAGUAAAAGUAUCUCUGGAGUUCCUAUCCAAUGCUGUAGAUACUUCUAAUACAACAAUGAAGUCUAUUCAAUCUGAGAUGAGUAUUUUGGUGAAGGAGAACAGCGAGUUAAAAAAGAAAUGUAACGAACUGCAGAGUGAUGUCGAUGGACUUAAGGAGAAAAUCAGGAUCUCUGAACAAUAUUCUAGAAGAACAAAUAUUGAAGUAAGCGGGAUACCCGAAACACCAAGAGAGGAUGUCUCCAGGAUUGUUAAGGACCUAGGAGCAGCGAUUGGAAUGACGGUGGAAGACAACCAGGUGGCGGCGGCUCAUAGAAUUCCGUCAUUUAAGCGAGACCGCAUCCCAUCACUGGUGGUCCAGUUCCAGACCAAGAUGAUGAGAGAUACUUGGAUCGCCAAGUUCAGGGACAGUAGGAACCUCACUGCAAGAAAUAUCAACCCAGCCUAUCCUGCCAACAAGGUGUACGUUAAUGAGCAUUUGUCCACCUGA